AACCAAUCAAUAGCAAUUGACUACUUUAAGCUAUAGAUUGAAAGAAUCGAUUCUUAAAAGUAAGACGCGUAUAUUAACCGUUAAUUGGAAUUGGGGCCUUAAUAUAUCACAAUAACUUGUCUAUCGAUAGCAUACAAUACUAUUACUAUUCCUUCUAAUUUAACUUCUAGUUGGCAGUAAUAAAAACUCGUGUACGCCCCUAAAAACGGUUGCCAAAAUUUUUUGAUUGGUCCUUUUUUGGUCUGUGAAUUUAACCAAACGAUUCCUUUUUUAAAUUUAAAUUGCCAUAAUAAGGGAUAUAACAUACGAUUAUCAUAUUUAAAUAUAACAAAAGAGAAAUACCUAUCUAUUAUCUAUCCAAUAUUGAAUUCAAAAGUUGGAAUAAACACGUAUCCAACUCUUAGAUUAGCGUUUUUAUUUGUUUGUGUUGCUUGUUAAUUGCGAGACUAUACGCAGGACACAAAAAACUCCCCAAAAACUCCCAAAAAUCUUUGAACAAACAACAAUAGAGUAUUUGAAAUUAUUGGACGGAAAAUGAGUGUAGAAGGUAGAUCCAGUCCGAGGGAAGACAAUCCCGACACUAAAAUGGCUACGGAAGAACCUAUCGUUGGUACUGAAUUGCAAGAAGCUACAGGAACAGAACCAGUUAAUGUUACUGAACAAACAGAAACUGCUUCAAACCUCAUUGUAGACUCUGAACCACCUAUAGACCAAAUUGAACAACAAGAUGAACAAGAGUCUGAAUUGAACCCUGCACAAAUAGAAGAUACCACCGACAACUUUGAACAACCAGCAGCAGAUGAACCUGCUAUUGAUUCAGGCGCCGUUGGUUCACAUGAAGAUGAAACUAAUAAAACAAAUACUAAUAAUACUGAUAAUACAAAUGACACAAUUGAACCUAAUUUAGAAGAGAAUGUUCAAUUAGAGAACGGUAAUGAGCUCGAUGUGAGUUCUAAUCCAGAAAAUGUCGAGGAUUCAACGAAUAAUGAAUUGCCUGUUUCAAAGGAAAACAUUGAACAGAGUUUCCCAGAUGAGCAAACUCAACAGACUGAACAGACUAAACCACAGGCUGAUCAAUCCGAACAGACUGAUGCGCAACCUCUCUCUGACCCUUCAGUUCAAUCAGAACAAUUUUCACAGCAAGAUGACCCUUCGAAUACGUCAGGACUCAACACAGGAGAACCAAAGGAGGAUUCUUUGACCAAAAUUUCACAUGAAGAAUUGUCAGCUUUACAGGGUGGCCAAGAAGGAAGUGAACCAGUUGGGUUUGUGCUAAACGAAGAGAAUGUUGCCGAGCCAACUAAUAAUUCUGGAGGGGAAAAUAACGCUGAAGUUGAAGGAAAUGAUGAAUCCUCUACAAUUAAUGAAGUUUCCGAAUCACUCGCACCCCCAACAGUACCCGAAACAGAAGAUUCUGCUCCAAUUGAUGCACGCGAUGCACCUGAAUCAUCCGAAGUAGCACAAGCAGAGGAACAGCCUCAAGCUCCUGAAUCUGAUGUACCAGUUACGAGGGAAGCACCAGAUAUUGAAAUGGAUAACAAUGUAGAAAACCAAGGUGAAGGUCCUUCUACUAAUGAAGAUCUCAUUUCCAAAGAUCUUGAAGUUCCUGCUGAUUCAGAUUCAGAAGAUGAAUUGUUCGAUAUUCCAGACGCCGAAGAGAAUGAUGAUAUGGAUAAUAUUGUAGACAAUUUUACGGAUCCUUCAGCCGUUUCAUUACCGAAAAAGGAAAGUGAGACAGAAAAUGAAAAUGAGGCUUCUCAUACUAAUGGAUCUGUUGAAAAAGAGGAUAUUGAAAUGGAAGACGCAGUUAAGGAUGAAAGCGCUGAAGUUGAUGCCGAAGCAGAAGCCAAAGCUGAGGCGGAUGCUGAAGCUGCUGCUGACGCUGAAGAAGAAGCAGAAGCGAAUGCUGAACUUGAUGAAGAGGCUGAAGCCGAUACUCUUUCUAACCCAAUUAAGCAGACACACGCAAUCAUCAUUCCAUCAUAUGCUUCUUGGUUCCGUAUGAAGAAGAUUCAUAAGAUCGAAAAGGAUUCGCUUCCUGAGUUUUUCACAGGGAAUCAUCCUUCAAAAUCCCCAAAGAUUUACGCAAAUUACCGUAAUUUUAUGAUGAAUUCAUACAGAUUGAAUCCUAACGAAUAUCUUACCUUGACAUCAUGUCGUCGUAAUUUGGUUGGGGAUGUCGGGACAUUGAUGCGUGUUCACAGAUUUCUUAACAAGUGGGGCUUAAUUAAUUAUCAAGUGAAUCCAAGUUUUAAGCCUGGAUAUGCCAUUGAAAAAUUGCCCAAUGAAAAUUCAGUUGGAUUACCAUACACUGGAGACUUUCAUGUUACCUAUGACACACCAAGGGGUUUGUUUCCGUUUGAUACGUACAAGCCUACCACAGAUAAUAUUGACAUAGGUAAAUUGAGAAGUUUCCUUAAGAGUGGAGGAGAAACAGAAGAAAAGAGAGGAGAAAAGAGAACCGGUGAAGAUACCGAAGGUCAAAGUAAAAGACAAAGGGACAAUUGGACGUCUGAAGAGGAGGAUUCACUUGUGAAGUCAAUUAAGGAAUUCAAAAAUGAUUGGUAUAAGAUUGCGAAAGCUGUCGGAAAUAAAACACCUCAAGAAUGUGUAAUGAAAUUUUUAAAACUUCCUAUUGAAGAUAAAUACAACGAACAGCUGGACAAGUUGGGAUUAUUGAAGUAUGCCCCAAAUUUCCCCAUUAGUUCAGUGGAUAAUCCAGUGAUGAGUAACUUGGCAUUCAUGACACAAUUAGUUGAUAGCGAGGUUGCGAAAGCUGCAAGCUUGAGUGCUAGAAAAGUAGUAGAUAAACAAUUAAUUGAACGAAUUAAUGGCGCUGAUCUGAACGGACAUCCGAAGGAGAAUGAUAAAGAAGUGAAUGAGAAUAAAGAUGGUGAGGCUAAAGAGGGUGAAGAAAACGGGAAGGAUCCUAAAACGGAGGAUAAUACUGAGGAAAUAGAAUCUUGUGGAGCGGUUGCAUCUACAUUUGGAAUUGUUGGAGCACGUAGUCAUUUAUUUGCAUCAUAUGAAGAGCGAGAAAUGAAUAAACUUAGUGCAACAAUUGUGAAUCAACAAUUGGCAAAGGUUGAUCUUAAACUUGAAAAAGUUGAAGAGAUGGAAAAAAAUUACGAACUCGAACGUCAAUUUCUUGCAAAACAACAAGAAGAAUUAUUUAUUGAUAGGCUAGCACUCACCCAAUCGACUUUAAAAAUCACCAAGAAGCUCGAGGAAGCAGUUGAGCUUCUCAAAGCUAAGGAAUCGAAUGAAGAUUUAUCUUCCAUCAUUUCUGAAGUUCAGGGACUCGUAUACAAAUCUGCAAGACAAUCACUUGUAAAGAGCACCGUUGAUAUUCCAGAAGAAGACGGAAAAAGUGGUGAUUCUGCCGAUCAAUCCGAAGAUGUAAAGCCACUCUCAAUAGACACCCCCCAGGCAUUUAAAGUAUGGGCCCCAUAGAGGAGUUGCAAAUGUGUAUUAUGUAUCAAUAUAUAGAAAGAAGAAUUUUUUAAAACUAGAUAUGAAAUUUGUAGAAGUGAAUUGAAGAGAGUUUUUAUCUUCAGACAUAUUAAGGAUAUAGAAUUGUUCUAUUAA